AAACGACUCAUUCAGCAGAACAGCAAGCAAAAACAGACAACAAUUAAACUUUGAAUCAUUUUGCACUCGACAAGUGCUCUUGAAAUCAAUUUUCCGCUUGAAACUUCUCAGCUCAUCCGAGGACCAAGAAAAAACCAUUGACGACAAGACUGGGAGAAAAAAAAAAAUAACCGUCUGCCAAGUAACUCUGAGACAAACGGAACCAAAGGAAAAUCUGCGAAAACCGAUUUUUUUGCGUCAUUGUGAUUUAAAUUAAAAAAUGUGAACCAACAACGAGACAAAGGCGGAAACAGCUGUGGAAAAUCGAUUGAUUGGCCCUGCCUAAGAAAAAAUCAUUCCCCAUUGUUGAAUAGGAAGGAAAUCGUCGCACGUCAAGAGUGUGGUAAGGGUAACGACCAACGCAACGGUUGAGAGGGCAACGAGGAAAAUCUCCUGAGUGAAUUUCUGUGUAACAAUCUUUCUUUUUGUGUGCCCCGCGCGUUAUUGUUGUCAUUGCCGUCGUCGUUCAACCAUCAACCGCCAGCAAAGAAAGGAGGGAUCAUCACCAGCCAGCAGCGGCCGUGAACCAGCUGAUCAGGGAAAACUCCGGAAGAAAGGUACGCGCGCGCGGGAAAAAAAAAUCCGUCGGAAGUCGCCAACCGUGAUAAGCUUGAAAGUUGAAGCUCGCUGUGUGAAAAGGAAAAGUGAUAAAAAUGGCACCCUGCUCACCCUGGCCGUCGUUGUCGUUGUUGGCCCGCGCCUUUGCGUCUACUAAAUAUUAUGGGUUUGAAUGGCCUUUUGCUUCCUGAGCUCGAUUUGUGCCAUCAUCAUAGUCGACGACCGACAUCGAUAUCACCGAGCCAGUCAGCGUGGCUUCAGUCGCGAGGUGCUUGUGAAUUGUGUGUUAUGGUAUUGUAGUUUGUCACUUCCAAGAAGGGCGGAGUGGCAGGGGUGAAAGAAACAACCGGAAGAGAGUGAAUUUUGGGGUGGUUUGUAAAAGGAAGGAAACUAGAGGAAAAGAAUCAAUAUUGGGGGAACGGUAAGCUGUUCAGAUUGAGCUGAUUUUCGCGGAAGGAUACUUCCUGGAAAGGUUACACGGAACCUACACACAACAGAGAUUGGAGGAACCAUUUCGAAAUACUUUGUGUGUGCUCCAACGAGUUUGGCCUUCCCGGAACAGGCGCGAGAACACAAGCGAGAUAGAGACAGAGAGAGAGAGAGAGCACAGCAGGCAUUCAAGCAGGAAGAUAAAGGUCACCACCAGGACUAAUUGUACUACACCUCUUUCUCUCUGAUCCCUGCAUGAGAGAAAACAGAAAAAACCCUGCAGCGACAACAAAGCGGUUUAAGAUUAAUGACCAAUUAAUUUGUCCAGAAGAACCGCCAGACCCAACCUGGACCUUCGUCACACCUUCCUUCCGUCAUCAUCGUUCAUCGUUCAGCGUUCACUUUCACUCAAGUGCUCUGCAAGUCCUGCUCCUAGAUGGCAAUGACUCUUAAUUUGAGGACGACGAUACCGUUCAACGUCACGAAACAGCAGCCACGGGACAACUAUGACCGCCUUUUACCAGUAGUGGGGAUCGCCGUUCGACGUUACCAGGAUACCUAAAAAAAGCUUCAGUUUUUACGAGCGUCGGCUGGCUACCUUUCGGAAAAAAAAAUAAAAACGAAAAAAGGUACAUUCCACAGUGGUUCAUAAGGACCCCUCACAAUCAAAUAACGGUCGAAAAAAAAAACACCUUCAUUGCCCCAAUAGAAAACCAGUGAAAACUGCCACUUCACCAUCAUCGGGAGCGAGCCCAUCCGCCGCCGGUAGAUGACCAACAAAAUGGCCAAACAUCAUCAUCACCAUCCGCAUCACCCCCAGAACACGAACCGGUCCCCUCGGCUGCGCUACAUGACCUCCCGCUCGCAGUCGUUUAUGAGUGAAUGCGGCGAAAUGACCGAAAUGAUGUCGCUGGACGAGUCGGACAAUUUGCUGGACGAGCGGUACGGCGUUACCGGGCCGGCCAUUCAGGUCAUCAGCGGCGCGGCGUACAAUGGGGGCUCCGGCGCCGGACCCAGUAGCCAUCAGCAGCAACAGCAACAACUCCACCUGCAGAACCAAAGGAUGGAAGAGUUGGGCAUCGGGUUCAGUGAUGGGAGCUACAACAGUAAACUGCUGUCGCCGGCGGUAACGAUAGUGGAGAUGACCGCCGGUGGGUUGCUGCCGAAUUCGGGCCAUAUGAGGCAGAAGAACUUCAAACAGAAACAGGCUGCGGCGGCCGCGAUGGCUGCCACCGGGGAACAGGCGUCGCUCAACGCAAUCGGUCUCCAGCUGUCAGUGGAUCGAGGCGGCCCGCAGGAGUGGGGCGAAGCGACGCGCAGCUACGUGAAGGCCCAACGGCGGCACGCCGGACGGGCCACAUUCCAGGGCCAGGUGUACAAUUUCUUGGAACGCCCCGCCGGCUACAAGUGCUUUGUUUACCAUGUCGCAGUGUAAGUAUACACGUCCUUCCUCUGUAUUCCCCUUUAUAGUUUUAUAAUAGCGGGUAUGUCACUUGGCAGAGGGGAGAGCAGCUUGAUAUGUGCUCCCUGGAGAUAAGAUACGG